UUGUGAAGGAUAGCCUGGAACCAAUUAUAAAAAUACAAACCCUAGCUCGCCAAUUGACCCCCGUAAAACCCUACAAAUCUUACAAGCCCUUCUCUCCCUCCGUAAUUCCUUGACAAGUCAUCAAUGGGAUCCAGGGUUAAGCAGUUUUUGAAGAAGUACGGCGGGGUGGCUGUCGGUGUCCAUGCAUCGGUCUCCGCCUUUUCGAUCGCCGGCCUUUACAUCGCCAUCAAGAACAACAUCGACGUGAAUUCAUAUCUUGAGAAGUGGAACGUCCCCGGCUUCUCCAAGGACCCACAACCUCAUCCAACCCAACCAGAAAAUGAGGGAUUUCCAGAAAGACUCACUAAUCAAUCAACCGAUGUGUUUGAAAGCAAGGAGACGGAUCGGACGGCUGAGAUUGCGAAAUCUGCCGGCGGUGCCCUGGCUCUGGCUUUCCUCUGCAAUAAGGCUCUGUUUCCGAUCCGGGCCCCCAUAACUCUCGUUCUAACGCCACCGGUGACGAGGUUCUUGGCCAAGUGGAAGAUUCCCAAGGCCAGUGUAUGAGUAAAUGAAUAAACCUUUUAGUUUGUAAUUUAUCUUCUGCACAUCUAUUGAAUGUUGGCUGUGAACUACAGUGGGGAAUAAGUGAUAAAUUAAGCUGCUUGAUAGACCACUGAGUUCUUUUCACUUUCAGAGCAUAUUUGUUCUGUUGUAUCAUGAAUCGAUGAAAAGGUCGUCACUUUUCAUACAUUUGUACUUGUUGAAUGUCGUUUGAUGAGCAUUAUUACUAUGUAUAAUAUGGGUUUCGAUCUUGCAAUUGUAUGAGGAAUGGCAGUGGUGUGCUCUUCAAAGGAAAA